GGAGGGAGGAGGGGAAGAGGAGGGGGCUCGAGGACGCGGAAGGCACCGGGUGAGAAAGCGCGAGACUGGCGAAGCGCGCGAUGGCCGAGGUGAAGAGGGGGGAGCGUGACGCGGCACUGAGCGAGAAGGGAAGUGUGGAAGUGGGGAGGUGGUUGAAAGUCGAGUAGGGGGAUGGGGAGAAGCGGUUUAGGCAAAGGAAGAGACGGGCCGCCGCGCUCUAAAGAUGCCGUUUAGACGAAAAAUCAAGAAAGAUCUCUCGCGUUCUUAAGCAGGGAGGACGCGGGGAAAAAGCGGACGGACUGAGGAAGGGGUUUCAGAGGGGGUACGGACUGCAGCAAUGGCGGCAGGCACUAGGACCGAGCACCAGGAUUUGCGGCUUAAGAAGGGCCGGCUGGGCCGGAACGCGUGCGGCUUGCCUGGAGGCUACGCGGCAGCGGAGGCGGAGGUCUUGGAGCUGGGACCAGACGCUGCGAGGGGAGGGGAAUAUGAUCUUCAACAUGUCCGCCUUUCCCUCCUGUCCCUUCCCCCGCCUUCCCCUACUUCUUUCAGUCUCCCUCUUCCCUCAGUCCCCAGUGUCGGGUUCAUCCCCUGAUGCACUUUUUCCGGGUUCUCCUGCUGCCCCUUCCCCACUCCUUGGGCGCAACUUCCCCCUCCCCCUAGGCCUUCGUUGGUAGGCACCGGGGAACCUUCGGGGCGUUAAUUGGCCAACGAUUGGGGGGGGAAGGAAAUCCCAGAGCUUCCGGGUUCCGUUGCCCGUUUUCCCGCCAUGUCGUUCUUGACUAGUGGGAGCCGCUCGAUUCGCCACCGCCGAGUGGGACCUCCGGCCACCCUGGUCUUCCCUGCCUACACUUCUCCCUCUCAGGGUGGGGGCAGCUGGGGGGAAGGAGAAGAUGACUAUGAGGAGGACGGGGUCAAUGAAGUGGUCCGAGACCUCCGAGCAGAGCUUUUGGCUGACUCGCCAUCGCCUCAGCUGCACAAACACAAUGGAGUCACCCCGAGGGUAUCUGAAGCUCCCCGGGGCCGACCGUGGCCAGUACAGAUCCUCUCGGUGAUUUGUUCUCUUCUCUUCGCAGCCCUCCUUGCUUUCCUCCUAGCUAUCGUCUACUUGAUCGUGAAAGACUUGCAUGCUGAGAAUUUGAAGACCGAAGAUGGUGUAGAAACUGGUUUACUAGGUAUGAACAAAAUAGGAUUCUGGACUUUAUUUAUUAUAUCCUUAACAGCAGGAUUCUCGUGUUGCAGUUUUUCUUGGACAGUGACUUAUUUUGAUUCUUUUGAACCUGGAAUGUUCCCUCCUACUCCUCUUUCACCAGCAAAGUUCAAGAGAUUGACGGGUCAUUCCUUCCACAUGGGCUAUAGCAUGGCAAUUUUGAAUGGCAUUGUGGCUGCUUUAACUGUAGCAUGGUGCCUCAUGUGAAUCCAUAUUGGUUCCCGGGUAAAAUAAUUUUCUACAGAAUGCAGGACAUCUGGUUCAUUUUUUUUUUUUUUAAUGACACAGAAGAAGAUUCUAUUUCAAAAGACUGGAUUAUCUGUUAUUCAUUGAAUGUGUCAAAUUCAUCAUCGCCAACAAUAAACCAUCACCUUUUGAGUGUUGGUGUUAUGUGUAUUUCACUGUCUUAAACAAGGAAAAUCAUUGGAGUUUCGGUGCUUUCAUAUGAAAUUUGAGAGUUUUACCUCAUGUUUUAGCAUUAUAUGUUUAUAUUUUUUGUGGAUUUUUUUUUUUUAAGAAAGUAAUCCUAAAACUUGAAUACAAGGUCCUAAUUUUGACAGUAUGCUUAUGUAUAUACUGUCCCUCCAUUAAGAAACACCAAAAUUGCUACAUAAUGGAAUUAUGACUCAUUAAUAUAUUAAAUUAGUGCUAUUAGAUUAAUUCAGUAAAAGAAGCACCUGCUUCCUACUUUUACAUUUCAUACUUUAAAAAUUGUUGGUGACCUGUACAGUCAGAAUUUUUAGAGUUUGAAUUACUCAAUCACUGAGAAUUUAUAUUUUUCUAUUUUAAUAUUCAUUUUUAUAAUGUUCUUUGUAUGUUUAAACUUUAUUUUAAAUUACUUCUUUUAAUAUCAGUGCCAAUUUAAGAGAUUUUCAAAGUUAAUAAAUUUUAGAAUGCCAUUAAUUGGUUUUUAUCUAGUUCCCUACUUUCAUUAACACUUUGUUUUGUUUUAGAUUUUUUUUUAAAUGGGAAAAAACACACAUACACUACAGCUCUAAAUUUUUAAAUACAUUUUUACAAAAAAACCUUGUUUUUAUUUAUAAGCAUUGAUUUUAAAAGUAGUAAACAUUGACAUUAGAAAAUCAUCUCAAUUCCAGACUAUGAAAUUUGAAAUAAGCUGUUCUUUCUAACACCACAAUUAGAUUAGGAAAAGUUGUGUUUUCAAUCUACUUGCAUAAGAUAAGUGAAAACAGAGAAUUUUAAUUUUAUUUCCUCAAUUUUGGUUAAAUAUUUUGCUAUGUGAAAAUGAUUUAAUGAACAAGUUUUCUAAUAGCAUGGAAUUUGUGUCUAUUUUUCUUUAGAAUCUUUAAAAGUAAAAAAUUGCUUCUCAAAAUUAUACAGAGUAUUUGCAUAGAUUAAUGAUGUCUGCAGUGCAUAUUUAAAUCAGGAUUGAUAAUCACCAUUUAUGUUAGUGAUUGGUGGCUAAAAUUCUUAUACUUUAUUUUUGAAAGACUCUAUUAGGAAUAAAUGUUUAGAACCUCAAAUCAUCUCUUUGCAAACAUGAAAAUUGCCAAAAGUCUUCAUGUUUCUCAAUAGAUCCUUUAAUUCUAUUGCUAAAGUGGCAUUUCCUUUCACUAGGAUAUUAACACAGACAUUUAGGUGGUCAUUACUACUUGUGACAAAGAAUGAUAUAUCUAGGAAAUUUUGUUUGAUGUGGUUGGCUCGUGGUCUUUUUUUCCCCUUUUUCUGGUUUGACCUCAUUUUAUGUGAAAGCCAUUAAUAUUGUUUCAUUGCACUACAUCUCUUUGGAAGAACAGAUAGAUGAUACUUUUUGUGGUCAUAACCAAGAAAUGGACUCGGUGAUCCCCAAAUACUUUAAAGCUGACUAAAAUGCAAUUCUGUUUUUAAUGUAUAUACUACUUCUUUAGGAAUUGGUCUGUGAAUGAAGGGGAAAAAAUGUUACUUGAACUCUUCGUCAAUAAGUACAUACAAGAAUGAUAACAUAAAUAUAGAGUGCUUUAAGAUUGGAAAAAUGCCUUACAAAAAUUACCUUAUUUUAUCGUCACAACAACCCUGGGAGGAAGGUGCUAUUAUCAUUUCCAUUUGACAGAUAAAGAGCCUGAGACUGAAAAAAGGUUAAGGUUAGUUAAUGUAUAAGUCAGGAUUCAACCUUUGUUGGCUCUAUGUCCAGCUCUAUUCACCAUACAACCCUAUUCCUAGUUUAAGGAAGUAGAAUAUUUCUUCUAGUUGAGGUCAUGUAGGCUCUUUGUCUUGUGGCAAAUUUGUUUUUGCUUUGAUCCUAUUUUCUUAAAAACUCCUUUUUAAAGUUUUGAUUAAUUUACUCUAUGAUGUUUCGUGUGUGUGUGUAUCAUGAAGCAAAUUACUAAUAAGAGAAAUACAAAUCAAAACAACUCAUUGUUUCACCUGACACCCAGUCACUUGGUAAUGAAGAAGUCAGGCACAUAAAGUGCUCUAAUUCUUCUGUAAAUAUUUUAGAAUUAUGUAAAGAAACUGAAUUCAUGUCCUUUGAGCAUGUAACUGCAAAGACAAAGUAUUGAUUCACACUGUGAUUAUAUAUGUGUGCCUAAUAGAUGCUAAAGAAAUAAUACUUGGUUCUCAUUUAUCCGCAGAAUGUCAUCGAGACUUAUUUUUUUUAAUGAAAUGCCUUAUCUCAAAACUCUGUUUAAAGAAUUUCAUAAAUAUUUUUCAUCCAUUUAAGGUCACAAAUUUGGAUUCAUUCAAGGUCAAAAGCCCCUCCUCUCCCUUAGUACAUGCAUGUAUACACACACACACACACACACAUCUGGACGAACCAUAAAAUCAUUGAAUUGGAAGGAAUUUAAAGAUUAUUCCAGUUAAAUCUUUAAAUUUCAUAAAUGAGGGAACUGAGGCAGAAAGUGAGGUUACUGCAAUUAUUUUAUACAAUUGAGAGACAAAAACUAGAACCCGUAUCUUCAACUUCUUAGUUGUUAUUGUUUCCUCUUAUUCUAAAUUUUCUUUUCACUUUGAGUUUUGGGGAAAAAAAUUGGGGGGAAAGGGGAUUUCCUUCCGCAUCAGUAGCCACUCAAAAGACUUGGUCAAAGUAGAACCAUAUAAGUGUGGUAUAUCAACUAUAGCAUUAUCUUGGUCUUAAAAUUUGCCUUCAACAUUUAUUCUUGUUGCAUUUGUGAUAUUAAGAUCUUGUUUUACAGAUUUAAUUUUUUUUUUACUCUUAAUGUGAUUUUGUAAUAUGUAACUGCUGUGUCCUUUAGUAUAUUUGUUUACAAUAUUAAAAUAAACUUUUCACAGCCAA